AUGAAGCUACAGCCAACUUGGCCGGGUAGAUCCGAUGGCUCUCGUUUCUCAUCCCUUCCAUUAUCAAAAAUCAACGGUUCAAAGAACAGAAACAUAUCAAUUCCAUCUUCGAGCCGGCAGAUUCCGUUCUGCUCCAAACCGUUGGAGCAAGUGCACGAUUUCUCUGCCCUACUGUACGACGUCGUAGCGAAGAUCGCAGGCUCGUUCAGCCUCCAAAACCUGCGAUCGGCGUCACUGGUGUGCAAGUCGUGGUGCGAGGCUCUCCAGCCUCUGAGGGAGGUUAUGAUGUUCUUCCGCUAGGGGAAGCGGUUCAAGCACGAUCAUGGUGGGGUUCGCCCAAAUCUGCACAAGGCUCUCGACUCCUUCCUCAAAGGCGCGGCCGUGUACCACAAAGCAGUGGCUCUUGGCGACCCAGCUGGACAAUGCAAUUUGGCUAUUUCUUAUUUGCAAGCGGAAUCUCCAAAUACUAAGGAAGCUUGGCUAUAUAAAGCUUCCCUCGCUGACCAUACCCGUGCUCAGUACCAAUUUGCACUUUGUCUGCAUCAGGGUCAUGGGAGGGAUCCCAAUAUACAAGAGGUCGCUAGAUGGUAUCUAAAAGCCGCUGAAAGUGGGUACGUGCGUGCCAUGUGCAACAUCUCGUUGUGCUACUCAUUCGGUGAAGGCUUAGUGCACAGUCACCGACAUGCAAGGAAAUGGAUGAAGCGGGCAGCUGAUUGCAGUCACACUAAGGCUCAAUUAGAGCACGGAUUGGCUCUCUUUUUUGAAGGGGAGAUGAUGAAAGCUGAAGUGUACUUGGAACUUGUCACCCAUGCCGAUGAAAGAGCAGCAGCUCCUGUCAAGAACGUAAUUCUCCAACAACUGUCAGCAAAUUCACCCGAUCGUGUCAUGUUUCUUGCUGACAAUUAG